ACUACUAUUAUUACUAUUUCGACUUUUUCGACAUAACCCUAAUUUUUUUCUCCUCGUCUGCAAAAAAAUUUCAAAAUUGUGUUACUAAAUAUUUUUCUAUUAUGAGAAUAACUACAGUUUUAUUUAGACGAAACCGCCUCCCAAAUGGACAUCUUUUUAGAGGAAAAGAUCGUUUGGUAAAACAGGUGGAAAGAAAGCAUCUAAACCGUAUCAAGCAGGAUUUCGAUAUUGAAGAGCAAAACAUGUUAUAUCUCCGAUUUCCCUAUCUAACAGAAGCUGAAAGUAGUGGUCAUGCCAAAGCAUUAGGAAAACAAGAACAGAAAUUCAACGAAAUAAUAGAACAACGUAGAAGAUAUUUUAAAGAAGAUGUUACAUUAUAUGAACGACUAAAACAUCUUCGUGUUACUGAGGGAUGGGAAUAGAAAUAUUGUAGUAUAAUUAGUAAUUAGUAUAUUAACUAGUUUGUAGAAUUUAUAUCUUCAUGUAACAAGAGGAUGUACUAAUAUAUGCAACUGUUCUGCUUAUCAUAUAAUCUGUCUUUAUCUACAGUACUAACAUAAUAAUUGUUACCUGUUAUGAAUUACACAUCCGAGUUGUAUACAUUUUAUAGAAAUUAAACUGUAAAUUAUGGACCUAAAA